AUGCAUUAGUUUAGAUCUGAAAGCCCGACUAAGUUUCUGGCCACAUCCAUUACUUCCACUUUGAACCCAGAGAUCAAGCAUCAGUCGAGCUAAAAGAUAGACUUGAGCCUGAAUCCUGAAGAUUUUAAAGUGAUCGAAGAGUAGUUCAAGGAACUUGACAGCAAAAUUUUCCACAAAGCAAAAGAAUAUAAGAAGUUACUUAAAGAGAGAGUAUCAUAUGAACCAAAGGAAGAAGACAGUAAAAAAGAAGAAGAUUUAUAAGAAGCAAAGUCAACAAGUCCUUUCUUAUUUGUUCCAUAGUCUCCAAGACCUGAUAGAAUCAUCAACACAAGACUAGUAUCAUAAAUUUGCUAGAACAUAAACGGCUACGACAUCAAGCACUCAUUGCUAGAAAUGGACGUAGAGAGUCAUGGCACAAUCUUGCCUCGUGCAAUAAAGCAUAUAAUGUGCAAUCCGCCUGUGCCGAUUAAAAUGAUUUGUGCUGUAACUAUCAUUUAGGAGAGUUUGGGGUGUGUGGACGAACCAAUUAUGAGUCAGUUCUGGAGAGACUCCACUACACAUAAGUUCGAUACUCUACAGUACCCCUUAAAUCUGAUUAAAUAUGAAGAUGAAGUCUUGAUUGAUGGAGCUACUGGAGAAAUUCAUUAUGUGCUGAGAAUUCUAUAUGAAGGAGCAUAUUAGAGAUUCAAGUACACAUAUGAGAGAAAUUUGAAAUAGGCUGAGGGCGAUUUUAAACUGCAAGCUUUUGACUAUAUAAAUUAAUGA